UUUCAGCUUGAGUAUGGCAGAUUUCUUUAAAUCAAGAUGUUGAUUCUAAAAGAUCAUGGAAGUAGAAUGAUAGAAUGGUAGGAUGAACUAAGUAGCGAAUUUGGCAUGUAAGUAGUGAACAUGUAGCAAACUCGAACAUAGCGUACUUGACAAGUAGCAAAACUGGCUGUUACCAAAUGCCCCACUAAUUUUAUAGAACUUAGCUAAGUCAAAGCAGACAAUCUGAAGUAGGCAAGAUGGGCCCAUUUUGCCGGCUCAGGUAGCCUAUCAGAACACUGGAUGCAUUUCAUAUUGCCUACAAGCACUGCCAGCAAUGUAAGAAACAAAGAUAUGUUGAUGUUGAAGUUUAUUUUAUCAUUUAUUAUAUCUCCAUUUUCCUCAAUUUUCAUUAUAAUUGUGCAUUAAUAUUUAUGAAGAAAGAAAACCACAUGAAGUUUUUGUUUAUUUUGCCCAAAGGUUUCUCAACUUAUCAAAGCAAAUAGACUUGAUGCCAGUUGCAUGAAACUGAACAAUUACAAGGAAUUACAGGCCAAGACAGAGCAAAUAUGUGAAAUGGCUGCUGUUAUGGUACAAGCAAUCUACAUAGAUGAUGAAGCUAUUCAACAGGAGCAAGAAAAAAUGGCUUCUAUUGAGUCAGAAAACAGAGGCCUGAGAGAAUUGUUAAAGAUUAGUGGAAUACCAUAUCCUGAAACAACAGGAAAUGAAGAGAAAGCUUUGCCUGAUGCCCAGCCAGACAGUCAGGAAACUUCUGCAGAUUGAUUGAUUUUUUAUUGUAUUGUUGGCUGUGAUCUAGGCUUUCAGGUGUUGUAAAAACAUAUUUAGAUUUCCCUUGAUUGAAAAUACAGAUGCACAUGUAAUAUGCAGACUGUGAAAAUGCAAUGAAAGAAAUUCAGUGAUGGAGUGAAAUCUUAGUCUC